AGUCGGAUGCUGAUGCCUCCGCGCCGGGGUUCCCGUGCCCUGGGGAGCCCUUAGCUUUUUGUUUGCCUCCUCAGCGGGAGGCUGUUUUUGUUUAUUUGUUAAAAAAAAAAUAUCUUACUCCCCCUGCGAGGAAUCGGUAAAGGUGAUGAAAACUCCAAACUAAAAUAUCGAAAUGGCCACAGAAUCCGACUUACUGAGAGACCCACGUGAUAAAAUGAAUGAUAUUCCUAGGCAGCUUCAAAUUGAACAUAUUUUAAAAGACCCAAAUAUGCAGAACAGCAUGUCUAAAGGAGGCAGAGGUGAUGUACUAGUAAACUCCACAGAUGAACAAAGUUCUUUACCUCCUCUUAUUGUUGAGUAUGAGAAACAUCUGGAAGAGCUAAGCAGACAAUUGACCUAUUACCAGAAACACAUGGGUGAGAUGAAACUACAACUUGAAACUGUCAUCACUGAAAACGAAAGGUUGCACAGUAAAUUAAAAGAUGCUGUUGAAAAGCAAUUGGAAGCCCUUCCCUUUGGCACAGGGAUAGGAAAUGACAUCUGUGCAGAUGAUGAGACUGUGAGGAACCUUCAGGAACAGUUGCAACUAGCCAAUCAGGAGAAAGCUUGGGCUCUGGAACUCUGGCAGACUGCUUCUCAGGAGUUGGAAAGUAUACGGAAACUCUACCAGGAACAUAUGACUGAAGCCCAGAUUCAUGUAUUUGAAAAUCAAAAGCAAAAGGAUCAGCUGAAUAAUUUUCAACAACUAACCAAGAAACUUCAUGUUGCUAAUGAGAACAUAGAAAUGACUAACCAACACUUCCUGAAAACAGUAACUGAACAAAGUAUGGAGAUUGAGAAACUUCGAAAACAUCUUAG